AUGGCCGCGACGAACGGUCCCGCCGCGUCUGCUUCAUCGCUACCAAACGCGUCUUCUGCAAUGGGGUCCUCGUCCACCACCACAACCCCUGUGAUCAGCACCGUCAGCGAUGCCACGGUCCCCUCAGCGGGAGGGUCGCAAGGGUUAGAGGAGCAGGAGGGCCCCGCUGUCGCGCGCGGCGCGUUCGUCGUGCUCGAGGGCCUGGACAGGAGCGGCAAGACGACGCAGGUCAAGCUGCUGCAGAGCAGGCUCAUCGAGGCGGGGAGGAGGGUGCAGCUGAUGAGAUUUCCUGCUCAAGUGAGCAGUUCUUCUCAAAUCACCCAUUUCAAGAAGCUGAAUGCCUCAUUCAUCAUCAUGUACAAGUCCUGCGAUCCGUUCCAAGAUCUCAUCUCGGCCCUCACCGGCCCGGGCGGGACCAGCUCACUGACAUUCUUCCCAGACCGCACAACGCCCACAGGCCAGAUAAUAAACCAGUACCUCUCCUCCUCGGCCACCCUCCCAGACCAAUCAAUCCACCUCCUCUUCACCGCCAACAGGUGGGAGGCCGCCCCCACCAUCGCCGCGCUCCUGGCGCAGGGCGUCACCGUCGUCUGCGACAGGUACUACUACUCGGGGAUGGUCUACAGCGCCGCGAAAGGCAACCCCUCCCUGGGGCUGCCCUGGGCGCGCGCCCCCGAGGCGGGGCUGCCGCGACCGGACGCCGUUGUUUUCCUGGACCUGGACGAGAAAAAGGCCCGCGAGCGCGGCGGGUUCGGUGAGGAGAGGUAUGAGACGGCGGAGAUGCAGCGGCGGGUGCGGGGGUUGUUCUGGGGCUUGAAGAAGGGUGAUGUCGGAGGGGUGCCGUUUGUUGAGGAGGCCGAGGACCUGGUCGUUGUUGAUGCUGGGGGGAGCGUGGAGGAGGUUGCGGAGGCGAUUUGGGGGGCUGUGAGGCCGAAGGUUGAGGGGGUCGAGAAGGGGGAGUCAGGGGCGGAGGUCAGGAGGGUGUCAUGA